AUGGAAUCCGAUACAUUAGUGCUGUGUGUUGCAGAGAAUCAUAUCCAGGAAGCAGCACCGAUUCAGGGAGGAGACGAAGAGCAGCCCGAUAUCAACCAUUUUGUCGACGAUGACGACGAGAUCUAUCCACCUGCUUUCAACAUCCAAACUCUCCCGCGUAUGCAUUUCACGCUCGCUCUGAGGGAACUUUUAGAAGCAUCAACCGUUCGAUUCCUCACGGUCCACGAGCUCUUCGUGUUGUUCACUUACAGAAGGAACUUCCUGCCACCAAUGAACCAAAUAACCAUCCCACCGUUAGAAACGGGUCUAUUCAGGGCCGAUAACGGGUAUGCCAAGGACAUAAACUUAGUUUGGCUCGAGACUAGCAGGAUAAUCUCAUGCAGGAGUGGUGUUAUCUUCAAUGUUAGGCAGACUCGUAUGAUGGAGAUUGAUGAGUUCGAAAUGCUCUAA